UCCCCUCUCUACCACACAUAUACAUCAGUAUGUCUUUAGCACGGGUAGCGCUAUACAGUCAGCGAGCAGAGAAGCCCGUUUAGUAUUCCGAGCACAGGGGAAGAGAGGGAGGGAGGGGAGAGUGAAAUACAAAGAAACAACGAGGGUGAGAAGACAGAAAACACAUUCCAAGACAAGAAAAUAGGAAAGAAUGAGAGGGGAGCGGAGAGAUACCAUAUUGUUCAUUUCUCCCUCUCAGUCUACCCCUCCGCCUUAUUCUUCAAUCCCAGGUUCGGCUACUCACCAUAAUAUCCUGUGUGAUCUUGUGUCACGUGAUGUUGGAGCCAUUUUUAAGACAUUCUAUGAAUCUAGGUUGGAGGAAAACCAGGAAAACUACUGCAUUCCAUUGAAUCUGCUUGGAACUACAUUACCCAGAGCUGAACCGUGCUCUAAAUGCUGUUAGAGCUAUCCCUAUCUCUGUGACAUUAGAAAAAGAAGAACACAAACUAGUAUAAGGUUAUGACUUUGUUGGAAGCAUAACCAAGUGUUGUUCAGCUGUAUCUUGGUGGAGAAGACAUUUCAAACAGGACAGGGACUCCUAGGCUUUACAAACAACUCUAAUACAGGAAAAGACAACGGGGUGGGUUUGGCUCACACAUUUAUGGGCGUGUCAGACAUGGAGGGUCUCUGCUAGACUCCGCCUAAGUAGACAGCACCUGACAGAGCCCCUCCCCUUAUUCCUGGAUUGGUCCAAUCUCCACCGGCCCCACCCAUUUCUCCAGACCCUCUAAGGAACGUGGUCGGAUCGAACCUCUUCUCACCCAGGUGCCGUCCGUUUGGUGAGGGCGGCGAGUGCUGUGCUGUGAUUGGUUGACUGGGGGUGGGAGUGCAAUGCGGAUUGGAGGAUGUCGGGGGACUGGGAUGAAGACCACCUGUGUAAGAAGGCACUCACUCUGGUGGAGGAGUUGUGCUUACACUCCUCAGCGAAGGACAGCCAUGAAGCCAGCUGCCGAGACUUCGUCUACAUGAUGAGGGGACAGCAGCACGAAACAGAGAUCUCUGUCAGCCUGUUGUCGGUGAUUGUGACAUUCUGCGGGAUCGUCCUUCUCUCAGUCUCUCUCUUUGUCUCCUGGAAGCUCUGUUGGUUGCCAUGGCGAGACAAGGAGGGUGGGGGCCUGAGCUUGACAUCGGGGCUGAUGCCCGGGGGUGUGGGUGGGAUGGGCGGCAGUGGGGGGGCCUCCCUCCUACCUCCUGUCAUGCAGAGGAAGGCGUCCCACUCCUCACUCUACCCCUCCCUGGCCCAGUCCCAGCAGCAUCACCCCCACUUCUCUGACCUGGUGGGGGUGGAGAGUGGCCAGGGGGUGGGGGGCGUGGUGGGAGGCCCGGAGCAGACCCAAGAACACUCCUACCUGGACAUGGACUCCUACCCCAACAACGCUGGGAAUCUUAAAUUGAGCCAGACGUCUCCAGAGUUGCCCCCCACCACUGAUGGGGGAGCCGCCCCACCCCACAAAGACAUGCCCAAUGCCCACUCCCAGCAGCAAGUCACUGCACGGCCCAAGCCCAUGACUCACCAGUUGUCCAGCCCUGAUUUCCAUGGUGAGGAGAAGAGCGAGCAGGUGACCAGCAUUGGCCAAAUCAAACCGGAACUCUACAGACUGCGUGGGGGCGACCAGGGGGAAGGGAAAGCAGGGGACAAUUGCGGCAAGAUCAGCUUCCUCCUGCGCUACGCCUUCAAUACAGAGCAGCUAGUGGUGAAGAUCCUGAAGGCUGUAGACCUGGCUGCCAAGGACGCCAACGGCUUCUCAGACCCCUACGUUAAGAUCUACCUACUGCCAGACAGGAAGAAGAAGUUCCAGACCAAGGUCCACAGAAAGACCCUAAACCCUAUCUUCAACGAGACGUUCCAGUUCGGUGUCCCCCUGGCAGAGCUGCACUCCCGGAAGCUACACUUCUCUGUCUACGACUUUGACCGCUUCUCCAGACACGACCUGAUUGGCCAGGUGGUUGUGGACAACCUUCUGGACUUCAGCGAGGGCACAGGGGAAAAGCCUGUCUGGAGGGACAUAGUGGAGGGCACAGCGGAGAAGGCUGACCUGGGGGAGCUGAACUUCUCUCUGUGUUACCUGCCCACGGCAGGUCGGCUCACCGCGACUGUCAUCAAGGCCACCAACCUCAAAGCCAUGGACCUCACCGGCUUCUCAGACCCAUACGUGAAGGCUUCUCUGAUAUGUGACGGCCGCAGACUAAAGAAGAGGAAGACCUCCAUUAAGAAGAAUACGUUGAACCCCACCUACAACGAGGCUCUAGUCUUUGACAUCCCUCAUGAGGACAUCCACAGGGUGUCCAUCAUCAUCGCUGUCAUGGACUAUGACUGUAUUGGUCAUAAUGAGGUCAUAGGAAUGUGUCGUGUGGGCAGUGACGUUGAGGGUCCUGGGAGGGAGCACUGGACUGCCAUGCUGGCCAACCCCCGCAAGCCCAUAGACCACUGGCACCAGCUCGUCGAGGAAAAACUUGUGGCCUCAUUUGUGUCAAAGAGUCCCGCAGCCUCUCCCAAGCCUCACAUCGUGGUGGACAGUCCUCACUCUGAGUAGAACUGUUAUUAUCAUCUUUCCAGUUCCAGACGUUCCUUUCUUUCUGCUCAUCUGUGAAUAAUUCUCUCCAUCAAACAAAGAGAGAUAAGGAGACACAUCGACUGCUACUGCUGUUCUACUGCUACUGCUGAAUAUUCCAACUCCUGUCCUGUCGCAACGAAGCACAGGAAUACAGAAUCUACACUCUAUACAAGCGACACUUAGAUCUCUGACACACGCACGCACACACACACACACACACACACACACACACACACACACACACACACACACACACACACACACACACACACACACACACAGUGCUUCAGGUUAGUGCCAGUAAUUCAUCCAGAAGGAGUGUGAUGAUGCACAUUUCUCCCUCCAAUCAAACCUGGGCCUAAGGUUUCUGCUCUGUAUGGACUUCAAAAGACAAACCGUGCCAAUGCUUUACUUUAGACCAUUAGUAUACAAGUGUAGGAGUUAAGAAACAUCCAUGUAGUGUUUCCAGCAGGACAAACAUCAGUUGUGGAGACUCUAGUGGUUUGGGCCUACCCUCUGGAUCUGGGCUUUUCUGGCUUCUGUUAGCUGGAGGAAGGAACCUUUGCUGGUCGUUAUUAUUGAUGUCAGGGGAGGGAGAAAUGUGGAUGAACCCAUCUGCUGAAGCAUGUUACGUAACCUUGAAAUGUGUCCCUUCGCCUCAUUAUUUUGUCACCUUCUUCAUGGUGCUCAUUAAUGUGCAUUUGCUUUUAUUUUCCUAUUUGUUUGGUUUUGGGGGUUUGUGUAAUAUAAUCAUCCAGAAAGGAAUUUAUCCAUACCAUUUUUUUACGAUCUACUAAGGAUGUGACUGUGAGGACUCGAAGACCUGAACUAUUUGAGCGCCUUGGGUUGUUACAGGAAUAGUGUUCCCCUGUUUGGACAUACUGGCAGACUUUACCCCAGAGGACUCUACAGGGGAACUGUGAUGAGGACGGACCUGCUCGGCUUGGAGUGCACUUACUGGAAAUGUAUCCUACAGGGAAGGAUUUCACCAUUAUAUCCAAUUUUUCUAUCAUUCCAAGAUUUAGUUUUUCGGAAAGACAUUAUUUAAUUUGAAAAGAUGAGAAUUGUCUGCAGUCCAUCAUGUCUCCGACUGGACGACAACGUUAGAAGGACACACACAUUUGUGUUGCUUUGAUUUGUGUGUAUUUCUGUGUUUGUGUGUGUGUGUUUUGUAUUCGUGUGCGUCUGUGUGUGUAUGCCUGUGUGUUUGUGUGUGUCACUGUGACCUUCUGUGUGACACGUUUCUGUGCUCAUGACGUCCCUAUCUUCUACCUGUCCUCGCGGCCCCACACCAUUCCUAGCAUCCACAGACUGAAACUCCUGUCUUUGAACAAAAUGUGUCUUCUGUCCUGUGUGUCUUAGAGGAACCAUUUGUUGUAGGACCCAUUGCACUUGGUAGGGAGUGGGAUACUUAUGAUCCCUGAUGAACAGUCGGUCUCUCACAGAGUUUAGAGUGUAUUGUGUGUGUUGUUUCCCAGAUCAGCUGUCCGUCACUCAAAAGUGCCCCCCCCCUGCCUGAUCUAAGUAACUGUGUUGGUUGUGUACUACUUUUAGUAAAUGUGUACUGUGUGUCUGAGGGGAAACCAGUUGGCACCGUGAUGUUAGAUACGUUUUCAUUACUUGAGGUAGACUCUUUUAUGUCCCCUAGCAGUCCCUCCAAACAGGGAGACAGAGAGGGGGUAGCCAUGUCCUUUAUCUUUAGUGAAAUACGAUGACCCCCUGUUUACGCUCUGCACUUCCUCUUUAAGCACCAUGUGGCUACUGCCAUGGGAGAACCAUGUCUACCACCACUUCUGCUACUAUAACCUCAACUAACAGUUAGCACUACUAAUGCUAUGGCUGCCAUUUCCCCUUAAACGCAUUCAGGGGGAUCCAGUUACUAUUCCAACUUCAGGCCAAGGAAGUGCAGGGAUGCUUACUGGUAUGCUUGGUAUGUACACAGAUUAAAGCCGUAUAUCCCAUAUCAUAGCCAGAAGUUUUCCAUCUGGAACUGUAUGUCUGCUCAGGUUGUUCUGGGAGGUCAUUGAUCUGCCUGUAUAAGUAGAUACUAUAGUAUUGAUCCAUUGGCCUAUCUCCAGGCUCUGUCUCUAUCCCUCACAGUCCACAUGAUCCUCUGCCCCAUAACACUGUGGUGUUAGCACACACUCAGCACUGGAGGUUGCUAGUGUGCUCUCAGUACUACCCUCGCUCUCUCUCGCUCUCUCUAAAUAAACCUUCCUUUUGCCCCUUUAUCUCUUUCUAUGCCUGCCUGCCGCUCUCUCUCUCUCUCUAAAUAUACCUUUCUCUUGCCCCUUUAUCUCUUUCUAUGCCUGCCUGCCGCUCUCUCUCUCUCUCUCUCUCUCUCUCUCUCUCUCUCUUUAAAUAUACCUUCCUCUUGCCCCUUUAUCUCUUUCUAUGCCUGCCUGCCUGCCUGCCGCUCUCUCUCUCUCUCUCUCUCUCUCUCUCUCUCUUUAAAUAUACCUUCCUCUUGCCCCUUUAUCUCUUUCUAUGCCUGCCUGCCGCUCUCUCUCUCUCUCUCUCUCUCUCUCUCUCUCUUUAAAUAUACCUUCCUCUUGCCCCUUUAUCUCUUUCUAUGCCUGCCUGCCUGCCUGCCGCUCUCUCUCUCUCUCUCUCUCUCUUUAAAUAUACCUUCCUCUUGCCCCUUUAUCUCUUUCUAUGCCUGCCUGCCGCUCUCUCUCUCUCUCUCUCUCUAAAUAUACCUUUCUCUUGCCCCUUUAUCUCUUUCUAUACCUCACUCUGUCUCUCUCUAAAUAUACCUUUCUCUUGCCCCUUUAUCUCUUUCUAUACCUCUCUCUCUCUCUCUCUCUCGCUCUCUCUCUCUCUCUAAAUAUACCUUUCUCUUGCCCCUUUAUCUCUUUCUAUGCCUGCCUGCCUCUCUCUCGCUCUCUCUCUCUCUCUCUCUCUCAAUAUACCUUUCUCUUGCCCCUUCAUCUCUUUCUAUGCCUGCCUGCAGCUCUCUCUCUCUCUCUCUCUCUCUCUGCCCCUCUCUCUCUCUCUCUCUGCUUCUCUCUCUCUCUCUCUCUGCCUCUCUCUCUCUCUCUCUCUCUCUCUCUCUCUCUCUCUCUCUCUCUCUCUCUCUCUCUCUCUCUCUCUCUCUCUCUCUCUCUCUCUCUCUCUCUCUCAAUAUACCUUUCUCUUUUCCCUUUAUCUCUUUCUAUACCUGUCUCUCGCUCUCUUUGAUUGCUUGUUCUCCCACUCUAUUUCUGAAAACUCCCUUUUCCCCACUUCCCUCUCUCUCUCCACACAGCCAUUCACCCCCUCUCUCCGCCUCCCUCCAUCUUGCCCGCUCUCUCUGUGUGUAGGACUCCUCUCUCCUCUGUCUCUCUCAGUGUUAGUGCAGUUCUGAAUGGACAUGGGGAAACAUGUGUGCAUGCUUAUAUUAACAUGAAUGAUGUCAACUUGAUGCAAUGAAAAUUAAACAAGUGAUGCUUUAAGCAAAACCUGACAAUGAACUUGAUAUUAAUACUACUAAUGAUGAAAAUGGAGACCUAGCAAUCGUUAUCUCUGUAAUCAAAACAAUGAUUAUAAUUAACAUUGUUUAUCCUGUAUGUCUUCAUUAAAUAGUUAUUCCUGAUUUAAUUUUUGAUUCUUUAAAAAAUAUAUAAUUUCUUCAGAAGUUUCCUUUUUUAUAUGGGUUAAAUGGAUAAAUAGACAUUUGAACAGAAGUGAGACAUUCAGUCAGGAUGCUUGUUUCAGCCAGAGAGCUAGGGGGAGGAGGGUGAAGAGGAAGAUGAUGUAGGUGAAUGUGUGGGAGAUGAUGUGGCUGAAUCAUGGCUGAUCAUGGAAAUAAAGGAUAUGUAUCAUCCAGCCUCA